UUUUAAUUAACCUGCUGGGUAUAAAAGACUCGUUCACAGCCGAAUAUAAUCUUCUUACCUGUUUUGGUUUUCACAACUAAUAUUGUAAGCUGGAGUUGUUUACUUGCUUAUGAUAAUAACGCUGAUAGUAAACAAAUAGACGGAAUAAACCGUAUUUAAGUAGAGACCUUUAACCGAAUAUCAAUCAGUGCGUAUAGAAACCGUUGUGUUAUCACACCGUUAACAAAUAGUGAACAUCAUGAGUGCUAUAUUUCGACCCUAUGUAAGGAUUGUGGAGCAACCAUUCAAUAAAGCUAUGAGAUUUCGAUAUGAAUGUGAGGGAAGAUCUGGUAGCGCAAUACUUGGUGCUAAUUCGACGCUCGAACAUAAAACUUAUCCGUCGAUCGAAAUAAUUGGCUAUGCAGGCGAUGCUGUAGUGAUUAUAUCAUGCGUUAGUAAAGAUCCACCUUACUGCCCACAUCCGCAUAAAUUGGUAGGAACGGACUGUCAGCAUGGCGUUUGCAAAAAAGUAUUUAGUACCGAACAGAUGCCACUGGCAUUUCAAAAUUUAAGCGUUCGACAUGUCAAAAAGAAGAAUAUUGAAUCCGUAUUGACGGAACGCGAAGCAUUGCGUAUCGAUCCCUUCAGAACAGGUUUUAAUCAUCGUUUAGAGACAUCUGCCAUUGAUUUGUAUUCGCUAAGGUUAUGCUUCCAAGUAUUUAUCGAUGAUAAGAAAGGAGGAUUUACUAAUCCUCUGACUCCUAUUGUUUCGGAACCAAUUUACGAGAAGAAAGCGAUGUCAGAAUUAAAGAUCUGUCAUGUAUGCGCUUGUCCCGCCAGUGUGGACGGCGGCACCGAGCAUAUAUUAUUGUGCGAAAAAAUCAUUAAACAUGAUAUUUCAAUACGCUUGUAUGAAAAGAAAAAUGAUCAGAUUAUUUGGGAAGAUUACGCUGCUUUUGACUUUACCGAUGUUCAUAAACAGACAGCUAUUGCUUUUACUCCACCGCCUUAUCGCAUAAAGAACAUUACGGAACCAGUUGAAGUGUUCAUACAAUUAAAGCGACCCUCAGACGGACUCCUCAGCGAACCAGUCACGUUUCGAUAUUCACCCUCGAUCUCGGAUGACGAACAAGUAAAACGGAAAAUUGAUUCUAGUUCUAGGCAAAUACUUCGAAUGCAAGAGCUACAAUCGCAAAGACACAAUCGAUCAUUUCAACCGGGUUAUGUUGAACAACAUAAUAAUCCCAGCAAUGGCACCCAUUUGGCCACUGGCUAUGGCUUUAAUACAAACCAAAACUUACAAAUGCCAUACUCGUACAAUAUACUUAACUGAUAAUGCCAAUGCAUGAAGCGAUAUUAAUGGACAAGAUUUUUUGUUUCUCAAACCCAUUAAACCACCCGGCACUAGAACACCGGUAAUCUUACAUUUAAUAGUGCAUUACAUUUAAACAGUAGCUAAUCAUCCCCUGUACAUACUGUGGAGCAACUGCAAUAAAACGCUACUCAAUUUCAUGGUUCAAAACUAUCUUCUAAAUAAAUUAACAAAUAUUUUAAUGUAUUGUGUAUAUUAAUGCACGUGUGUUAUGCUUUGUAUCGCCCCCGAACAUUUAAGUAUAUAUUUUAAACAUUUUGUUGAGGUUAGGCCGCCAUUAAUGAAAAGGACUUUACGUUGCAACAAAGGUCAUCUCUCUGAAGUCUAAACAGAUGUUAGUCUUCUGCUGCCGAAGAAAGGCGGCAGAAACAACGUCAUAGUAAUUGUUAAUGGGAUCCCUUGACGUCUUUUACAAAACUUGUUAUGAAUGGCGCUAAGUUUAUAUUAAGUCUCUACCUUUGGAUGGGUGUAGCAUAGGUUGGUCUACUAUAACCCUACAUGCCCAUCGCUGUGGGACGCCAAUACACUAACGACGAUCUAACGACCUGCUCCCCUCUAUCUAACAAAAGUCAUUCAGGCUUUCACGAUAACAUUAUAUCUCGUUUCGAAGUAAAGGCGCGCUUAUAUCAGAGGGAGGCCAUAAUGCAUACUGGCGUGGUCCAAGUUGAGUAGCAAAACCAACUAACUAACUAACUAACGAGUUAAACUAGAGGCGUGCAGGCAUUACGAAUUUUUUCCCUGAUUUCAGAAAAUAAGGCUAAAGGGAAA